AUGGCAGCCCGAAAAGCCGUCCAGGGCAUUGCCACAAGCAUUGGCCUUGUUUCAGAGGGAAUGUCGGCCCGCAAAUCCAGGAAACAAAGUCAAAUCGAUCGAGAGAAUGGUCACGAUCACAGACAGAGCGAGAGCCCAAGAGACGGCGGUGAACAAGCUGUUUAUGAGCUACCAACACAAGAAGUCACAGUCACGGAGAGAACAGCGACUGGCACUCUAGAAGAGCAAUGGGCGCUCGAUGAAGCACAGGAGGAGCUCGCUCAUCCAUUGAAAGAGAACGUAUCGAAAGAGCCUGUGGACGAGGCGCGUCUUGCAAACCGCUUUAUCUCUGCAUAUCCUGCACCGCCACCCUAUACAUUGCACUCUCCUCUGCCUCAAUUAUCAGCACCAGUUGUCUUGCCCCAGCGCAGACCCAAAAACCGGACUCGCGGCUUCAUCCGUGCGUAUGCUCCUGCUCUCGGGGCAUGCGGUAUUGACCAGGCCAUGUUCAUCAAUUUCCUCGACACUGCCGAGAAGGCUUGCCAAGCGUCUCCGUGGCUCAAUGCGAUCAACUUGGCGUCUAUUGCAACCACCUUCCUCCCUUCUGUCACUGGAAUUGCCGUUUCAAUCGCUAUUCAGAUUGCAACCGACAUUGCAAUUGCUGUCGAAGGUCGUCGCAAGACAAACACCUUCUUCGACAAGGUCAAUAAAGAGUUUUUUCAACCUCGAGGUCUAUUCUGUCUCGUAAUGACCUGGAACCCGGAGCUCUCAGAUGCUCCAUCCACGGCGAUUGAUCUCGACUCCUUCAUUUCCAAGGCUACCAGUGACAGUAGCUCUGAUAUGCUGGGACGACUCCAGCACAAGUUCAAAUCAUCUGAUGGAAAGACAUACGGCAAUAUUUUCCCAGAGGUCGCGCCUUUGAUUUUCCCACAGAUCGACCAGUUGGCGGUUGAUAAAGAUGCCGAGAAGAAGCUAUCAAAGAUGAAACAGAAGAAAGAAUUCGUCGCCAACUAUAUGGACAAGAGAGCCCAAGCCAAGUUUACAGCCAAAAACCCCGAUAGUCACCUAAGCCAGGGCCCCAAGCCGACUUUCACAUCGCGAUAUGCCGACCCUAACCACCCGGCUAGUAGUGGCGAUCUCAUUGCCCUAGUGACUGGUGGCAAGUCCAAUCUCUUCACUCGCGAUAUGAGUUCAAAUCCGCCUGCACCGCACGCCCCCUACGGUGGGCGCCUAGGGCUGAAAGAAAUCAUUGAAAAUGUGAAGGAAUUGAGAUCCUCCCAAGACUCCGCGCAGAUGCCAGCAAAGGGAAACUUUAGACCAGAAUGCACAAGCAGCGGAUUCGAGGGAUUGGCAUCGCCGCGGGACAAUAGCAACCGCGCGGGCCCUUUGACACCAGUUGCAAAAUUGCUUAAAAAGCAAGUUUUGUACUUGGCUAUUGUCAACAUGCCAUCUGAGAAUGAAAUGACCCGGGCACGCGAGGCACUGGGCCAGAUAUUAUAG